CUGCCUCGAGGCUCUUUACAACUAUGGCUUUCAGGCCGUGUCUCGCCCUUCUGCUUCUUACCGUAGCAGCGUGUGCUUGCAACGCACAGUCCAUCGGCAUGAACGGGGAGGCGUACAGCGUGCGCUACUCCGUGGCGGUGAUGCAGGUGGGCAACUGGGCGUUCCCCGACAAGGUGACGGUCAACCAGGGCGUGCGCAACGCCAACGGCGCCACGCAGCUCGAGUUCCCCACUGCGUGGAAGAACCGCACGCUCACCCCGCAGCCCGUGAAGCGCGCCAAGGUGUUCCGGUACAUCAUGGAGGGCGUGUGGCGCAACGCGGAGAACGUCAACACGGCCUCGGGGAAGACCCUGGAGGACCUCAUGAAGGCCAUCCUCGCCGCUCCCCGCACGUACUACGCGCUCGUGACAUCCCCCUCGUUCCCGCAGGGCGCCAUUCGCGGCCAGCUCUACCAUGGGUGAACGUGGCUCGUUGAAUUUCU